AUGGUCCUGACUAAAAAUGGAUGGGUGCGGGGUCUGACGUCAGAAGAGGGUGAUAUGUUUUUGGGGAUACCGUACGCGAAAGUUAGGGAGGAUAAUCCGUUUGGGGCUGCGGAUCCCUACCCAAAAUACGACGAUGUGUUUGAAGCAGUCGAUGACACCAAAAUCUGUCCCCAACAAGAUGAGAUAUCACAAGCCAUUGGAGGCUCCUUAGACUGUCUUAGAAUUCACAUAUAUGUACCUAAACGGCGACAGGGUAAAAUGCCCGUUAUGGCCUACAUAUUAGGGGGCAAAUUUCUAUUCGGUUUUUCUGGAACUUUUGGACAUGGACGCAUUUAUGGGCCAGAGUAUUUGGGAAGAUAUGGUGUGAUAUACGUCGUUUUCAAUCAUAGAGUUGGCGCGUAUGGAUAUAUGUGUCUAGGUACACCCGAGGUGCCCGGAAAUGCUGGUUUAAAGGACCAAAUAUUAGCUCUGCGUUGGAUAAAAGAGAACAUCGCAGCAUUCGGAGGUGAUCCUGAUAGAAUAACCGCGUUCGGUCACAGUAGCGGUGCUAUAGGUCUGGAUUUCCAUUUAAAUUACUUAAAAGAGGACUUGUUCCAUCAAGUGAUUCUGCAAAGCGGCACCAUUUUAAUGCCCACGAGCUUAGAACCAAUCGACACAAGUACACCCAUAAAGAUCGCUGAUAAAUUAGGCUUCCAAAUAGAUGACUUUCAAGAGGCUAUUGAAUUUAUUAGUAAGCAAAGUCCAUCAGCGGUUGUUGAAGCUGAUUUCAAAUUGUCCAUAAAACAUAGGCCGUGCGUAGAGGAAGCAUUCGGCGUUGACAAUUAUAUUACAAAAUACCCGAAGGAUAUAAUUCCGAAUGUUAAAAACAAGCGGAUACUGAUGGGUCAUACUAGAGAUGAAGCUGGUAUGAUGCUGUCAGAUAAACCGGCGAAAUAUUUCGAAAACCAUGGAGUUAUUGAAGAAUCUGUGGCUUCUAUAUUUGAUUUCGGUACGAGCAAAGAAUUUAAUGAUGUUUGCGAUUAUAUUAAACGUUAUUAUAUCGGUGACAACGUAAUGAACGGGGAGUUUAAAGAGCACGCAAUAAACGCUAGUUCGGAUAUCGUCUUUAACUACCCUUUACAUCGACAGCUGGAUAGGUUCAUAGAACAUGGGGCGGAGAAGAUCUAUUUCUACGUGUUCUCAUACUCUGGGGGUCGGAAUCUCUGCAAGGCAUCCAAGAGGUUGACCGCUGGAGGCGCCAUGCACGCUGACGAACUCGGAUACUUAUAUGAGCCAUUUUUCUUCAAGAGGCGCAGACACCCCGAUGAUAUGCUAAUGGUUGACAGACUUUCUAUGCUCUGGACCAAUUUCGCUAAGUACGGAGACCCAACGUUUACAACAUCUGAAAUACUUCCUACAAAAUGGCUACCAAUAUCCAAAGACAGCAGAGCGUACUUCGUCAUAGACAAACAUAUGCGCAUGGACACAGAGAUGUUGGUGCGAAUGCAGUUUUGGCGGGAACUGUAUAAAAAAUAUUGGCUGAAUGUCAAAGAAUAUCUUCUUACGUGA